AUGGCUGGACCAUUGAUGAGUUCAACAGAAAAAAUAUUUAUAUUGCAUGGAGUUCAAAUUGAUUAUAGAUCAGAUGGGAGAUCAAAUAUUGAUUACAGGCCAAUGGAAUUGGAGACUGAUGUAGUCAGUCAUGCAAGUGGCUCUGCAAGAUUGCGUCUUGCUAACACAGACAUCCUUGUCGGAGUUAAAACAGAAAUAGAUGUACCAAAGCCAGAAAAACCUGGGAUGGGAAAAAUUGAAUUUUUUGUACAUUGUUCUGCCAAUGCUACACCUGAAUUUGAAGGAAGAGGAGGAGAACAAUUAGCAAGCAGUAUAUCAAAUAUUAUGCAGCGUGCUUAUAACAACUUGCAAGCUUUUAACUUAAAACAGCUUUGUAUAUUUGAAGGCAAACAAUGUUGGAAGUUGUAUGUGGAUAUUUUAAUCCUCGAAUGUGGAGGUAACCUGUGUGAUGCAGUCUCCCUUGCAGUAAAAGCUGCUUUGUUUAAUACCAGGUUACCUUUGGUAAAAGCUGCAUUGAUGGACGGGGGCAAUGUGGAUUUACAAUUGUCUGAUGAUCCAUAUGACACUAAACAAUUAGAUAUAGGAUGUGCUCCACUUUUGGUAACAUUAUGUAAAAUAGGUGACAAAUGUGUUGUAGACCCAUCUGCAGAAGAGGAAAGUUGUAGUGUUAUAUCCCUAAUAGUGGGUGUUACAGGGAACCCCAAGUUUUAUUGUACUAACAAAACAGAAAAAGCAUUUGAUGUUCCAUGUAAAUGCAGUACAAUUGGUAUGAAUGGCCCAGGAAGUGUUGCACCAAAAACACUUAAAGAUGCGAUUAGCCAGGGCAUAACCGCAGCAAAAUGCUUAGAUGAGGCGCUUGGGAAUGCUUUAUUACGGGAGCAACGCGAGGUUAUUGGGCUUAAAAAGCACUCCUAUGGAUUCUUAAAA